UUUCAUUAUAAAUAAUUUAUUUAUUAAGGCGAUGCUUUAUUCUUGACAAAUGCUCUCCGCGAUCCCCGGGCAUUCAAGGAGCCAACUAUCAGACGGUGUAGCCGGAGGUGCAGAGGAAAGACGGUUGAACUAAAAAUUCAGAUCUGACAGUUGCAAUGGCAGGAGGAAAGGUACAGUUCAAGGUGACAUUGACCUCGGAUCCUAAACUCCCCUUUAAAGUAUUCGGUGUACCAGAGGAGGCGCCUUUCACCGCUGUCCUCAAGUUUGCCGCUGAAGAGUUUAAAGUACCCCCUCAAACCAGCGCUAUCAUAACCAAUGAUGGUGUGGGUAUUAAUCCUCAGCAAAGUGCAGGCAACGUUUUUCUCAAACAUGGCUCUGAGCUGCGUCUCAUUCCUAGAGACCGAGUAGGAUGUAUGUAGGGUUUUGGUAUCUUAGACUUGUAAGAAGUAUUACCCCUUCGAAGAGUUUACAUGGAUUUCACUUGGACCAAUUCCAAGAGAAAAAGUCUGUGAUGAAGUAUUGACUUUUAUGACGGUUUCUUUUCUGGGAUUAUACUUGAGUUUUACUAAUAUAUACAAUAUAAAUAUUUCUAGUUUCCUGUA